AUGUCCUCAUCCUGGAGACGGAGCUGGCUGGCGACAGAAGCGCCAGCCUCACGCCUGAACAGAGCAAACGACUGCUGCGAAAAAUCGACUGGUAAAAUACCACCACAGUUCUUGAACAUCUUCCUCCGCGCCACCGGCUUCAGCGAGCGCCAAGUCUUCCUCCUCAACGCCUGCCAGUUUCCCAUCAUCUUCUUCAUGAAGCUCUACGUCGCCUGGACCAGUACGCGGUACAGGAACACGCGCAACUUCUGGAUGAUCGUCUGCCUCGUCAUCAGCGCCUUCGGCAUCCUCCUCAUGUGGCAGCUCCCACGGCACCUCAAAUGGGGCCGCUGGGUCAGCGCUGUCCUCACCGACAUGUACACUGCCAACUACGGGCUGCUCGCCGCGCUCACGUCAGGCAACUUCGCCGGCUUCACCAAAAAGUCUGUAGCAGCUGCUAUUAUCUUUGCGGCUGGCUGCGCCGGAAACAUCAUCGGCGCGCAGCUUUACAGCGGCUCCGAAGCGCCGGCCUACCCCACGGGGUACCUCGCGAUGCUGAUCUGCAUCAUCGCUACGAUCGUCGUGUCGGUCAUCACGUGGAUCUACACCGUGUGGGAGAAUAGGCGUCGCGAUAAGGCGACGCACGAGACGGACACGGCGACGAGCGACACGAUGGACAUGAUGGAUGGCAUCAAGGAAAACUUGUCGGACAAGUCGGACCGGCAGAUGUUGAGAUUCAGGUACAUUUACUGA